UCGCAUUGCUGUGUAUCCUGCAACAGACUAUUGUGACUUGUCAAACACUCCUCAAUGCCUCUGGGUCGGUCAACAACACGUUGUUUAUUGUCCCAGUGGACAUGCGGGUCGCCCGUCAGUUGGUUCCUAAAGAGUAUGGUUUGCUCCAGAUCGAUAAAACCCUCCUUCCCAACUUCCCAACGGACAAAUUCCCCGUCAUUGUCCGUGGUGGAACAACGUUCAACAUCACGGUGUCCGGCAUCUCGACACAAGACGACCUUUUUUUCGCAAUCUCCGGAAUAUUCAUUCCCUUUGUUGACCGCCUCAAGAAUGAUCGGACACCCUUCAUUUAUAAUGCGUACCUCUUUCAAGAUAACGUUCUCACCGUAGCACCCACAAUGCUUGGUGCAGGAUCUAUAACAUACCUCUCUUCUAUAGAUCCCCCUGGAAGAUCUAACAGGGCAUACUAUUUGAACAACAGGAACAAUGCCUUUGCCUUUCAAGCAAACGCCCUGGCAGGAGGGUGGAGGAUGAUGUUUGAUUUCUUCAAGACGGACUCAGGGCCUUGGGGUAUAGGGACGUUCCUUGGUAUCGCCAACUUACCAGCUUUCGGUCCUCUCAGUGUAUUAUGUUACAGACACAUCGAGUACGAUCCCAAAAGCUACUUCUUUGUACAGGGAGACGUGAGUUUCAACGUCCCAUCGUUGUCAAGCACUACGUUUCAGAGCGUCACGGGCUUAACCGCUUAUAAGUUAUUUCAAGAGGACCUCUCAGUGCCAUGCAGUCAUUUUGGAACCUGAACUCUGGGGAAGAAUGUGAUUGCGCGCUUUAUGGUGGAGCCCCUUAUGAUGUGGAUGCAAUAUCCAUCAAGUGUACCUCUCAACUCUGCGGUCACCGCAAGGCCUUCAGUCUGGAAUUGCAUUAGGACGGUGUAUUGCCCGGAGUAUUUAUGUUCACGGAUUUUUAGACUAUGUAUACGUUUCACCCCUUCGAGCCUGGAUCGCUUCGGGGCGACCUCCCCAGCCAAUGAUAACUGACAGCAUUAUGGCA